CUCCAAAACCCACAGGCCACAGCAGCAAACCAACUGGUUUCCCAGAGCAGCCAAACAUGGGCAGAGGCAGAGGAGGCUCACGCACCCAGAGACGCCACUUUCGUCAGAACAGAGAGAACGUCUGGAAACGCACCAAGCCUGAUCCUUCCUCUGAAAACCCAACUGAAAACAAUGGAGCCGACCCUUCUUGGCAGCCCUUUGCUACCCAGAACCCUGCAUUCGAGGAAUACUACAAGGAACAAGGGAUUGUUGCCCCAGAAGAGUGGGAUUUGUUCAUGGAAUAUCUACGAAAGCCACUGCCAGCUGCUUUUAGAAUCAAUUCAAGUAGCCAGUUUUGUUCCGAUAUCCGAACCCAGUUGGAGAGUGAUUUUAUGAUAUCUCUUCAAUCUGAGGUGAGUGAAGGAGGUGAACUGCAGCCAAUUAGGCCAUUGGCUUGGUACCCUGAGAAUCUUGCUUGGCAUUCAAAUUUUUCUCGCAUGCAGCUGAGGAAGAACCAAACUCUUGAGAGGUUUCAUGAGUUUUUAAAGCUUGAAAAUGAGAUUGGAAACAUCACAAGACAGGAGGCUGUCAGCAUGGUGCCCCCUCUAUUCCUUGAUGUACGUCCGGAACAUUUUAUACUUGAUAUGUGUGCUGCACCGGGUUCAAAAACAUUCCAAUUGCUUGAGAUUAUACACCGAUCAACAAAACCAGGGCACCUACCUGAUGGACUGGUUGUAGCGAAUGAUCUUGACGUCCAGAGGUGCAAUCUACUGAUCCAUCAAACAAAAAGAAUGUGCACAGCUAACUUGAUAGUCACUAAUAAUGAAGCACAGCAUUUCCCUGGCUGCCGUUCAACCAAAAAAAGCUCUAGUGCUUCUGAAAUAGGAAUGGAAUUGGAGCCACCCAUCAGUCAACUUCUCUUUGAUCGUGUCUUAUGUGAUGUCCCUUGUAGUGGCGAUGGCACCCUCCGUAAGGCUCCUGAUAUCUGGAGGAAAUGGCAUGCGGGACAUGGCAAUGGGCUGCAUGCUCUACAAGUUCAGAUAGCUAUGCGAGGUUUAUCUUUGCUGAAAGUUGGUGGACGAAUGGUUUAUUCUACAUGCUCUAUGAAUCCAGUUGAGAAUGAGGCUGUGAUUGGUGAGAUUUUGAGGAAAUGUGGUGGAUCUGUUGAGCUCGUUGAUGUCUCUAGUGAGCUUCCUCAACUUGUCAGGCGACCAGGUCUUAAAAAAUGGAAGGUACGAGACAAGGGUAAAUGGUUAGCAUCUUCUAAAGAUGUCGGCAAAUAUCGCACAAAUGCCAUCGGUCCUGGCAUGUUUCCAUCUGGGAGAAACCUUGCACGAUCGAUGAACCACAGAGAUAGUACGGAAGAGGAAGAAAAACAUGAGAAUGGUGAAGAUGAAAAUGUUGUAGAAGAAUUGCAGUCAAGUGAGGAUGCUGUAUUUUCAGGCAAUGAAGUAGAUGAGGAAGUUUCUCCUUUUCCACUAGAACGUUGCAUGAGGAUAGUCCCACAUGAUCAGAAUGGCGGAGCUUUCUUCGUUGCAGUCCUCCACAAACAUUCCCCUUUGCCAGCCAAUCAAGGGACAGCUAAUUUGGCAGAUGAGACAAAUACAGAAGCUACCUCAGAGGCAGAGUUAAUUGAGGGUGAACAAGAUGGGGUUCCAUUGGAACCUGAUAUUUCCAUAAAGAGUGAAGAAAAUGGAUCAGAGGCAAAUCAAGUGCCUGGUGAUGAGGCAGCUGAUCCAAAAAAAAAUGGAGGAAAAAGAAAGCAGCUUCAAGGUAAGUGGAAAGGAGUUGACCCUGUUGUACUUUUUAAAGAUGAAGCUGUCAUCGAUGCCAUAAAGACAUUUUAUGGAAUUGAUGAAUCAUUUCCAUUCAAUGGCCACCUUGUCACAAGAAAUAAUGAUACCAAUCAUGUGAAGAGAAUUUACUAUGUCUCAAAGGCAGUCAAAGAUGCUCUUGAUCUGAAUUUCUAUGUUGGAGAGCAACUUAAGAUAGCAUCCGUUGGGCUUAAGAUGUUUGAACGACAAACAGCAAGUGUUGCAAGUUGUGCACCUUGUGCAUUCCGGAUAUCAUCUGAAGGAUUGCCACUUAUUCUUCCAUACAUCACCAAACAGAUUCUACAUGCAUCCCCAGUGGACUUCAAGCAUAUUCUUCAAUAUAAAAGUAUCAAAUUUUCUGAUUUUGUUGAUGCUGAAUUUGGUGCCAAGGCAUCCAAUUUAAUGCUAGGGUGCUGUGUGUUAGUUUUGAGCAAAGAUGGAAAAUUCUCGUCGGAUCCUAUUCAGGUAGAUGAGUCAACUAUAGCCAUUGGAUGCUGGAAAGGUCAGAACAGUUUGUCUAUGAUGGUUACUGCACUCGACUGCCAAGAACUGCUGGAAAGGCUUUUGAUGCGCAUUGAAACUGGAAACGGAAGUUUGGAGAGUACAGACGAGGCUUCUAAUGGUAAUGUGGAUGUGGAGAUGGAAGAUAUGCAAAAGAAUGGUGACAAGGAAAUGGUAACAGCAACCGAGGGAUGAGUGACAAAUUUUGUACCCUUAUUCAAGAUUGGUGUUAUAUUAAGUUGUGUUUUCUUUUUGACAUAAAAGGUCAUACUUUUUAGGGUUAAUUCCUUCUAUGGUACUUAAAGUAUGGCUACUUGGACAAUUUGAUUACAUGAUGUAUGAAAACGGACAAUUUGGUACCU